AUGCGACUAUCUCUCGAAAUUCUGAAACUGAUAAAUCAAUAUAUUAAUCCAUCAGUUGAUAAGUAUUGGUUCAUAGAUUUUCAUUAUACUAAUGGUGAUACAAAUCAUAAAAAUGAAACAAAUAGUGAUUGUUAUUGUGAAAAAUCAUUUGGUAUAUGUGUAGUGUGUAAUAUAACAAUAAAUGAAAAUUGUAAUUUACAUACAAAUGAAGAAAUUGCCACAUUAUUAGACGUUUUAUAUUGUCAAAGUGAACAAAUACUAUUGAAACAAAACGUUGAUUAUUUUACAUUUGAUAAUGAAGAUAUUCUAUUUACAAUAAUUAAUAAAGAUGAUAGACAAACAACUGAAAAAUGUUGUCUAUUAGUAAUUGAUAUUCUACUUGACAAAGCACAAUUGUUACGUAAUGAAUGUUGUAUUCAAAAUCGAAUACAUGUAUCAUUAAAUAUUUAUGAAUAUUUAAAACAUAAUACAGAAUUUUAUGAAUUUCAUUCAGUUUGGAAUAAUAAAAAAAUAAAAAAUUCUACGUAUUUUUUAUUUACAACAAAUAUAUAUGAACAAUUAACAACAUUAUUACCAUUAACAAAUACAAUGAUAGAUCAAUUAGCAAGAAUACAAGCACAAUAUCAUGUUGAAAAGCAUUUAGAUUAG